AUGUCCUCUGCACAAGCCAUCACCACCACUACAACUCGCUCUUUUGAGAACAUCCGUCUCCGCCUAACUGGAAACGAGGGGCCUUUCGGAGAUUGGCGUGACGACCUUGUUCGGGAUGGUUAUGCUAUCAUCAAAAAUGCGAUUCCGCGCGAGAGGGCGGAUGCAUAUGCCAAUGACAUGUAUUCCUGGCUCGAAGACUUCAACUUGGGUUUCGAUCGUAACAACAUCAAAAAAACCGCGAGAGAGGAGCACCUCCCAAUUAUCAAUGAGAAAGGCAUGUGCUGGUGGUAUAGCCUAGCACAUGAGGACUUUGUGUGGAAGAUGCGAGCGGAACCAGGUGUUGUUGGUGCUUUCGAGAAAGUCUACAAUACCUCUGAUCUCAUUGUUUCGUUCGAUGCUCUGAACUUCACAUUUCCUGAUCGAGACGAUAUUCAACCCAACAAACCCUGGCCACACCAGAAUCAGAACCCAGAUACCCACGGAUUCCGUUGCUUGCAAGGAUUAGUUAAUCUGCUGCCGAACGGGCCCAAAGAUGGUGGUCUAAUCGUAUGCAAGGGUGGCCACCUCUUGUCCGAAAGAUUCCACGAGGAGAUGAAAAGCGAGCCGCGUAUCCCGGGAUUCUUUCACGAGUGGUAUGGAUAUACCGAUGCUGGCAUGAAAUGGCUGGCCGAUCAUGGCCUUGAAUGGGAGAAAGUAUGCGUUGAACCUGGUGAUCUUAUUGUUUGGGAUUCGCGCACACCGCAUUACAAUCUUCCAUCGUCUUCAUCCCGCCCACGCUUCUGCAUUUACACUUGCUAUAUGCCAGUGUCAGAUGUUACGCAAGAGGAUCUGAAGCGAAAGAAAGAGGCGUAUGAAGGCUAUCGAACUACUUCACAUUGGCCGAACGCGAACUUUGUCGGCGCAGCCGAUGCCACCAGGAAAGGCAAGCCGUGCCCCUAUAAUCGUCACAGACCAACCAGAUUGCCUCAGCUGGACGAAAAUGCUUUCAAGUUGACUGGGAUCCCAUAUAUUACCGAAUGA